AUGCUGCGGUGCGACGGCGACCGCGUCGUCAUUGUCGGCGGUGGCAUCGCCGGCGCCCUCCUCGCCAAGACGCUCCAAAACCACGCCGACGUGGUACUCAUCGACCCGAAGGAGUACUUCGAGAUCCCGUGGGCGAACGUGCGCGCCAAGGUGGAGCCGACGGUGGUGGAGCGCACCGUGAUCCCGCACGCGGACUACCUCACCGACGCCAAGGUGGUGACGGCCAAGGCGGUCGGCGUCGAUGACUCCGUUGUUCUCACCUCCAUCGGUCGCACCGUCGGCUACGACUUCCUGGUCAUCGCCACGGGCCGCACCUGCACCCGCCCCCAGAGCCGCCCCGAGCGACUCGAGAUGUUCCACCGCGACAAGGACCGGAUCGCCGCCGCGAGCUCCGUGCUCAUCAUCGGCGGCGGGCCCAUCGGGGUCGAGCUCGCGGCGGAGAUCAUCAUGGACAGCCCCGACAAGCGCGUCACCCUCGUCCACGGCGGGCCUCGGCUGCUCAUGGUGAUGAGCCCCCGCGCGUCGGCCAAGGCGCUCGAGUGGCUCCGGUCCAAGAACGUCACCGUGCUGCUGGACCAGACCAUCGACGUCGAUCUCGCCGGCAGCGGCGACGGUCACGAAGGACAGCGCGACUUCACGACGUCCGCCGGGGAGACGGUGUCCGCCGACUGCCACUUCGUGUGCACGGGCCGGCCCGUCGCGUCCGGGUGGCUGAGGGGCACGUUCCUCGGGGAAUACAUUGGCGCCGACGGCAGGCUGGUGGUGGACGAGCACCUGCGCGUGGGCAGGCUCAAGAACGUGUUCGCCAUCGGCGACAUCACCGACGUGCCGGAGGCGAAGCAGGGGUACCUGGCGCAGCGGCACGCCAUGGUGGUGUCCCGGAACCUGCGUCUGCUGCUCAGGUCUGACGGCCCGGAGCAUAAGCUGCACCGAUACAAGGCCUCGAAGGCCGCCAUCACCGUCACGCUCGGCCGCCGCGACGCGGUGUCGGAGCUGCCGUUCAUGUCGCUCAUCGGCCACAUCCCCGGCGUCGUCAAGCCACGGGACCUCUACGUGUCGCGGACGCGAAGGAUGAUGGGGAUAAAAAGUAAGAACGGGGAAUCCUGA